AUGGCCAAUGGCGGUGAAGUCGCCGGUGCUCAUAAUGAGAAAAGGAAAUCAAAGAAGACGAGAGGAGUUGCUGUCGUGAAGAAGGUACUGUUAUUCCUUCUACACCAGUGGCUCCUCAUUGGUAUGGGUGUGGUUUGCGUACUGGCGUACUUCUUCCCAAAUGUUGCAAAGCAAGGCGGCAUAAUCAGGACCGAAUACAGCAUUCUAUAUGGCGCCGUGGCAUUGAUCUUCCUGAUAUCGGGCCUCAGCAUCCCGCGCCAGAAGCUUUUCAAGCAUAUGCUUAAUUGGAGACUCCACGUGCUGGUCCAAGUCACUUCGUUUCUGUUCAUUCCUGCGCUGGUGCUCGCCAUUGUACAUAUAGUGUUGGCCGGUGACCCCUGGGGACAUAUCGAUCGAGCGGUCCUGGCGGGCUAUAUCCUGGUCGCAUGUAUCCCGACAACGAUCGCUUCGAACGUGGUCAUGACCAGAGCUGCCGGUGGGGAUGAUGCCGCAGCGCUGGUGGAGGUUCUGGUUGCGAAUGUCCUAGGUCCGUUCGUGACUGCAGGAUGGACGGUCACUCUGAUACCCAAUACACCUGAGUUCUCAGCAUGGAAACAUGGGGAAGGUGCACUCAACCAGAUGUAUCGAGAUGUCUUUAAGCAGUUAGGUCUAGCUGUACUCAUCCCGCUGGCGGUGGGACAACUGAUCCGAUGGACCUGGUCAGAUCAGACCGCAUGGGUCCUUCAGAAGUUCAAGGUAGCGAAGGUUGGCACCUUUUGUCUGUUACUACUCAUAUGGACCACAUUCUCAACCUGCUUCGCUACAGACGCUCUCGAAUCGCUCUCCGCCCAGAGCAUCGUCUUUGUAGUCCUAUUCAACAUCGCCCUAUACCUCUUUCUCACAGUGGUCUGCUUCGUCAUCUCCCGUCCACCAAAGUGCUUAUCUACUCUGCCGUGGGGCCGACGCAUUUUUAAAAGAGUCGACCCCGAAGAGACGAUUGCUAUCUGCUUCUGCGGCCCUGCUAAAACAACCGCGUUGGGAAUCCCACUACUGUAUGCCAUGUGGUCCUCUGUUGACCUGUUUACGAAGGCGAAAACGUCCGUCCCAGUCCUGCUCUACACCACAGAGCAGGUCUGCGUGGCGCAUUUCAUGGUCUAUAUAUUCCGCAGAUGGCAUAGCAGACUGCAAAAGAAGCAAGAUAUGGAGAGUAUUGGUGAACCUGAGAGUCAUACUGGGACCACGGAUGGUCCUGAUGACGCAUCUCCUUUGGACUCGAAGGAGGUCGGUAGUGAACCGGAUCGUCGGGCUACUGAGAUAGAAUAG